AUGACGAUUGAACGAAUUGCUGCUACCAGUGUCAUCAUCAACAACACUACAUCAAAUCAAGUCAAGAUGCAGCAAGAUGCCACUCUUGUGAACAAAAGGGUCCAGUUCUAUUGUCAGUUUAACCGAUGCUUUGAAGGCGUCGUUUACACUGUCGAUCCGGCAAGCGGCAAUUACGUUAUAUUUCCAGAUCCGAUUGAGCACCCAUCUUCUUUUACGAUCUUAUCCGCAUGGAGCGUUGAGAAAACCGUUGUUGUUGAGGAACUUCCAUCAGAGCGGACAUUACAGGCAUUCGACUCCCUGUCGCGUCAACUUGAACAGCACUGUUCCACCGAACCUUGCGAAGGUGUAUCCGACUCGGAUGUUAUGGCGGACAGGAAGGCACGAAUUCUUCAACUUUUCCGCUCUAAUCAAAUGGAUGUCACUCUGCAAGACGUUGACAUAGUGACUUUAAAUGGUCUGGUGUCAAUCCAUCCCCCGUACACGCCUGAAUCGUGUACUGGUAGCAAUGUGAUCGUGCUUGACCGAGUUAGAAAACUUAUUCAGAGUGUGGAUAGCUGA